AUGCACAUCCAAAGUCUCGUUGGUGUUUGCCUGGUCGCCCUUGCCAGCACUGCGACUGCUUUGCCCCGGCUCGCCGGCCCUUACAAUGGCCACCGCCUCGCAGUCAACAUCCCUACCAAUGCCACAAGCGCACACAAUGCGACCACAACGGGGACUCGCGCACACAAUGCCACCACAACGGGAACUCGUAGCAAGUUGCCAUUGACUACGGGAUUGCCGACCCCGAAAAAUAAUACCGCCAACCGUAUUUCGCAUGGGUUGAACUCAAUUGAUAAGCCCACUAAGGGGAGCAACCAUUGCAAUGAGCUGUGUUCUUUGGAAGCUCAGACUUGCACUAUUGCUACGCCAGAAGAUGAUAAGUACUGCUGGCAAAUCUACACACGUUGCAUGGGCAAGUGUCGGCCGGACAACUUCCAGUAG